AUCAUUCCAAUACGACACGCAUCUCUCAUCUAUUUAGCUCGACCAAACUGCCUCUUUUCAGUUCCAGAGAAGCUUUCGCUGCUUUUCUUCUUCUGCUAUUUGUGUUCCUCAAUUCUCAAUCUUCUUCUGCAAUUAUCUCACUGCCAAUUAAAAGUUUCGGUUUUUUAGGAUUUUGUUGUUUUUGUUGUUGUUGUUGUUUUUUUUUUUUUUUUUUUUUUAAUGGUUUCGCAUAGCAUUGGUGGAGACUGGAGAACAAAGGAAUUUUUUGCGGUUGGUGAAGCGAAAAUGGUGACGAAUGCUGUUGUUGUGACGGUUAUUGUGGCUUUGAUAACGUGCGGUUCGUGGAGAGUUAACGCAGAUGAAGGAAGGCUAUCGGUGAAGAUGACUCUGGUUGGGAAUGCUUCCGCCAUUGGAGCUUUUUGCUUGGAUGGGAGUUUACCUGCAUAUCAUUUGCACAGAGGAUUUGGAGCGGGAGCCAGAAACUGGCUUUUACAGUUCGAGGGAGGUGGGUGGUGCAAUGAUAUUAAAUCAUGCGCGGAGCGAGCCAAUACACGCAGAGGAUCGACACGUUACAUGAGCAAGUGGGAGGUUUUCUCUGGAAUUCUAUCCAACAAUGCCUCUCUUAAUCCAGAUUUUUAUAAUUGGAACCGCGUCAAGCUUAGGUAUUGUGAUGGAGCCUCAUUUGCAGGGGAUUCUAUGUUUUACAAUGGGACAACAUUGCUCUAUUUCAGAGGACAAAAAAUUUGGGAAGCAAUUAUUCAAGACCUCCUACCUAAAGGUUUGGGGCAGGCACGUAAGGCUUUGCUGUCAGGUUGCUCUGCUGGGGGAUUAUCAUCAUUUUUGCAUUGUGACAGCUUCAAGACGUAUUUACCAACAAAUGCCAGUGUCAAAUGCUUGAGUGAUGCAGGGUUUUUUCUUGACGAGAGAGAUAUAAGCUUGAACCACACAAUGAGAUUUUUCUAUAAAGGUCUAGUUUCUUUACAGGAAGUAGAGAAGAAUCUCAAUAAGAACUGCACAAGUUCCCUUUAUUUUCCCGAACUGUGCAUUUUCCCGCAGUACACAUUGAAAUACAUUACGACACCAUUUUUCAUUUUGAACUCAGCGUAUGACGUAUUCCAAUUCCAUCAUGCAUUGGUGCCACCAUCGGCUGAUCCACGUGGAGUUUGGAGCCGUUGCAAACAGGACCCUUCAAAAUGUAGACCUAACCAGAUAAAUAUAUUGCAAGGUUUAAGGCGGGAUAUGCUUCUUGCUUUGGGAUCAUUCUUCAAUUCCUCAACAAGAGGGGGAAUGUUCAUAAAUUCGUGCUUUGCUCAUUGCCAAAGUGAGACACAGAAUACAUGGUUUGGGGUUGACUCCCCAAGAAUACACAAUAAGACCAUUGCAGAAACAGUUGGUGAUUGGUACUUUAGCAGGAGGCUAACUAAUAAGGAGAUUGACUGUGCAUAUCCCUGUGGUACUAAUUGUCAUAAUCUAAUACAAUAAAAUCUGAUCAGGUCUUACACAAACUUCCAAUAGAUUGCUUAGGUGCUGCAGAGUUUGCUAUUUUUUUUUCAUUGAAGCUUCUCUAAUUCUCGAAGAGAAGCAAGGCUUGUUUGGCAGCUUUUCAACCAAAAAGAAACGGGAAGGCCAGGAAGAAAAAUACAUAGACUUUGAUAAAUAGAGUGGAUUUCACAGAGGAUUUUUUUUUUUUUCUUUUUUCAAAGAAAAAAACAACAAACAGAGAUUACGAUUGUAUUCAAUUUGAUUCGAUUAAUUGAUUAAUGAAUAAAUGCAUUGAGGUUCAUCGUC